CGUACUAAACCCUCCUUGGCCCCCUGGUUGUAACGUUCCACCUCCUACACUCCUCCCAUCUAUGCUCAUAGAAACGAGCACUCGCGACAGACGACAUUUGGGGAAACCUUUGCCAUAGAUUUAUUUAAUUGGUGAUAAGUGAUCCACGUUUUAAUCUCGAAACCUGAUCUCCACAAAAAUACUUGUUUCGUAUGUGAAGGAAGUCUGUGCCAAUCGAAAGGUAACGAACACCGCCGUCCUUUAACCGUCGCACCGCCCUAGCCGCCCCAGUGCUCACUCGCAUACCUGUUGAGCCGCACCACGCUCCCGUAUUCCACAAGUUCCUGCUAGUUUACUACAAUAAACCGCCAUUUAAAAUCGUCAAAGGUUUGCUAACAAGAUGGGAUUCUUCAGCAAAUUCGCCUUGUUCGUUCUGAACUUCCUUGUGUUUGGAGUGGGCGUGGCCACAGUGGUACUCGCUUCAAUCUUCAUCUCUAAGAACGGUGAAUAUGGCAGCUUGCUUGCUAGCGGGACCUUCACUUUGCCGAUUUGUAUCCUGAUUGCUGGACUCUGCAUCCUCCUCCUGGGCUUCUUCGGUUGCUGCGGCGCCUUGAAAGAAAACACCUGUAUGCUUCAGACGUAUGCGACUAUCGUCCUGCUCUUGUUUAUCGCCGAAGUGGUCCUGGGCAUCCUGAUCUUCGUCUACACCGAUGAAGCUGAAGAAGUCGUUACUAAGGGAAUGGAGAAGGUCUUCAACGAUUAUGGGCAGCGAGAUGAAGCUCUCACUAAAUCCCUUGAUUUGGCCCAACAAAAGCUUCACUGUUGCGGAGUUAACGGAUACAAGGAUUGGCUUAACUUUACCUUUGGAAACGAAACGGGUAAUGUGGCCAUGGGUUGUUGCUUAGAACAAACUGAAAAAUGCUACGAAGGAGUAGCUUACAAACCGGAAGAAACCGCAAAACAAACCAUCUACACUGAAGGGUGCUAUCAAGCUGUCAAGGAUGAUCUGCAGAAUGUUGUGGUUGCUUUGGGAGUUACCACUUUAAUCCUUGGUCUCGUUCAACUUGCAAGCAUUAGUUGUGCUUGCGGUCUUGCCAAGAAUUCCAGGGGAUACGCGUAAGGAGAGGCGCCGGCGUCAGGGCAACCCAUUCUUCAUGCCUUCUGUUGGAGCCACGCGACAGAUAUUCAUGUGGUGAAUUUCCUAUAUCUAUUUAAUAUUCUUAUCGAUAAUAGAUGAAUGAUUCACCCUACCAAGAUAAUUACAAAUUUUUAAUAUUUUAAUUCUAUUGUGCACCGGAGAACAGCAGGAGCCUAAGUGUCCAGAAAUAGCCACUCCCAGUACCUAAUUUCUCUGAUUGUCUGGAAUUUGAACUGAUAAGACUUCCUAUUUAAUUGAAACACCAGGAGAUGGAACUCGGUGCUUAUAUUUUCUCCCAAUGAUUUCUACUUUGUGCAUUCCUCAAUCGUGUAGCGAUUUGUGGGUUGCCAUGAAUGGACGUAUAUUCCAGUUAUUGUGAUUUAAUAAAAGCUGCUACUACCUUU